UCUCCAUCUCGAGUCAGCACUGAUUGUGCAACGGUAAAUUGAAAGAAAGGUAGAAAAGCACCCAUGGGGGAAAGAGCUUUAUCUCAAAGUUGCAUCUUAUUAUUACUGCAUCAGGGUAACCAUGGGUGAGUGUUAAGGAUCGAUCCAUCGGCUGAAGAGUUAACCUGCUCGUGGGGUCGGCCUGACGUUGGUCAAUGCCAACGAAUUCGUACUGCAACCGCGUCUGUAUUCGUAUCCAUCUCCCUGUCGACUCGCAAUUGUACUGCUUGAAUUUGAGUUUUCAUAAAGAAAUUGCAUUUGACUAUUCCCAGUUGGUCUAGUCGCCAAUUUCUCACUUUCUUGACCAGUCGUUGCGUUAAUCUGUUCGAAUCGAUCGAUAUUUGUGUGUGAGGAAGUCACGUGGGGUUUCCAAGUUUGAGGCUUUGAGAUUUCCGUUGAAAUUUUUUGUUUCGCAAGAACCCUAGAUCGAUUGGGGGAAAACAAGAAACCGGAGCUAGAGAUAUAUGAUCCAUGGUGAAGGAGACGGAGUACUACGACGUCCUCGGGGUUAAACCCACCGCCACGGAGGCUGAGAUUAAGAAAGCUUAUUACAUCAAGGCACGGCAGGUCCAUCCAGAUAAAAAUCCAAAUGAUCCUCUUGCAGCACAAAAUUUUCAGGUUCUAGGUGAAGCUUACCAAGUAUUGAGCAAUCCUGAUCAAAAACAGGCUUAUGAUGCAUACGGGAAAUCGGGAAUCUCAACUGAAGCAAUCAUUGAUCCUGCUGCCAUCUUUGCGAUGCUUUUUGGGAGUGAGCUAUUCGAGGACUACAUUGGCCAGCUUGCGAUGGCAUCAAUGGCUUCAAUGGAUAUUUUCACAGAAGGGGAGCAAUUUGAUGCUAAAAAGUUGCAAGAGAAGAUGAAGAUUGUGCAAAAGGAACGAGAAGAGAAGUUAAUCCAAACACUUAAAGAUCGUCUCAUCCCUUAUGUGCAAGGAAACAAAGAGGAGUUUGUUCGUCAUGCUGAAGCGGAGGUAUCGAGGCUCUCUAAUGCAGCUUAUGGUGUGGAUAUGUUGAACACAAUUGGCUAUAUUUAUGUGCGGCAGGCAGCCAAGGAGCUUGGUAAGAAGGCUAUUUACCUCGGUGUGCCAUUUAUUGCCGAGUGGUUUAGAAACAAAGGGCAUUUCAUUAAAUCCCAAGUUACAGCAGCAACAGGGGCCCUUGCUUUAAUUCAGCUGCAAGAGGACAUGAAACGGCAGCUAAGUGCAGAGGGGAAGUAUACCGAGGAGGAACUUGAAGAAUACAUGCAGUCACACAAGAAAUUGAUGAUUGAUUCUCUUUGGAAGCUUAAUGUGGCUGAUAUCGAAGGCACGCUUUCCCGUGUCUGUCAGAUGGUUCUUCAAGACAAUACUGUAAAAAGGGAGGAGCUACGUGCAAGAGCCAAGGGAUUGAGGACUCUUGGUCGGAUCUUUCAGAAGGCAAAGUCAGCCAAUGGAGAUGAAAGUGAAACAAUUCUAAACAGUGGCGGUGUGCAUAAUCUGAAUGGAGGCGAUCCAGAUCAUGCUUCAAGAGCGGCUGAAUCGGGUCAAAGCUCUCAAACCAGCAUUGCACCUCAGAGCCCAUAUGUGGAAGCUCCUCAUUUUGCUGGUGUAGAAAACUUUCACUUCCCGAUGCCAACUGCACCCCCCGGAGCUCAGAGAUUUCAGUGAAGUUGCAGAAAAUGGAGUGUGGAAUGUUGUAUGUAUCAUUGUGAUGAUGGAGUUAAGUUUGUUGUUUGAGUGAAUACUUUGAAAUGGUUUUCAACUUGCUGCACAUAAUGUAUUGUUGUAUGAAAGCAAGAGUAGAGUAAACACUUGAAUUCGUUGUUGACUGCCCCGACCGUGCUUUAUUAUGUAUUUAUUUUUGUCUCGGUUUGAAU